ACUUGCACCAACUUUAGACUUGUGUUGUAAAUGAUAAAUGGCAUUUGAUGAUACAACGCAAAAGCAAAUUGUGAAUUAAAAUCGUUUGUUAAUUAAUCGUAGUGUCCGAGGUGAUUAAUCGUAAGUUUAUUUAUAUUUAUAAUACUGUGAGAAAAUGUCAGAUUGGGAUCAAGUGACUGUUCUGCGCAAAAAGGCUCCGAAGGCAUCCGCUAUGAAAACGGAGUCUGCGGUGAACGCGGCCCGAAGACAAGGGGUCGCCGUCGAAACCCAACAAAAAUUCGGUGGUGGAUCCAACAAGCAACACGUGACAACUAAAAAUACUGCCAAACUCGACAGAGAGACCGAAGAACUGAAGCACGAGAAAAUAUCACUCGACCUGGGCAAACUGAUUAUGCAGGGCAGACAGGCGAAGGGAAUGAGCCAGAAGGAUCUAGCAACCAAAAUUUGCGAGAAGCCCCAAAUCGUGAACGACUACGAAGCGGGCCGAGGCAUUCCCAACAACCUCGUCAUUGGGAAGAUCGAGAAGGCCAUUGGCCUAAAAUUGCGUGGAAAGGAUCGCGGCAAACCGCUGUUGCCUCCUGAGCCCAAAAAGUAAAUCGACGUCAGGAGGCAGUGAUAACAUAAUUAAUUGUAGUAAAUUAACUACACACACUUCUACAUGAUGAUUAUAUGAAAAUUGUUUUGUUUGUGACGAAAUUUUAAAAAAUCUCUUUUCUUUUGUUAGUUAUUUCUAUAUGAUCAUGAUGAUAUUGAUGCAUUUGGAUGAUGACCCAAAGGGGGCUCUUUGUCGUUGCAAUAAUAAAAAUGAGAUGGAAA